AUGGCGGCGGCGGCGCGGACGCCCCCCGGAGGGCUCGGUCGACCCCGUCACGCAGCUCCGGGCCCCCCCGUGGCACCUCCGCACCCGGGCGGCCCCUCCCGAGGGCGGGCGGGGGCAGCGACGGCGGAGUCCCGCGGCUCCCGGUCUCCGGAACAGCGCAAAUUGGAGGGGAAAAAAAGAGCAACGAACGCGCGGGUGCGUGCGGGCUCCGGGCGUCCCGAAGGGGCCCCGGGACGGCGGCCGGGCCCUGCCGGUGCCAUCAGCGGUGCGAGGGGCGACGAGCGCAUCGGUUCCACACCUAAGAAAACGCCUGCCGGCGCGGCCUCCCCCGUCCCGGAGCUGCAGGCCCGGCACGUCCGGCGGCCCCGCUAUCCCUCUCUCUCCCUUUCGGUACCCCUCCGGGAUCUCCCCCCGGCCUCCUCCCGCCCCCGGCCCCGGGCCGCACCCCGCGGGCAGCGGCGCAGCGGAGCGCCGCAGCAGCGGCGGCUGUCGGCACUCAAUUUCUGUAACCACCGAGGUGCGUCUUCGGGGUUAAAGCACCGGAGCCCCGGCGGGACGCGUGGAGCCCUGCGGGCCCCAGGGGCAGCGCCGGACUCCCCAGCAGCGCCGCCGGCAGCGCGGCGCCCGCCUCACCCAAACGCACGGUUGGGCACCGCCGUGCGGAGCGGCGCUGCGGGCGGCCCCCGGGCCCGGCUCUGUGCGGCGCGGUGGGAGCUACGGGGGGGCGGGGGGUGGGGGGAGCAGCCCCCGUGUGCCGCCCCGGAGCCGGCGGUGCCGCGGCUCCCCCGGCUGCUCUCGUGCGGCACGCUCCCUGCUUGCCGCCGGCUCCCGACCCAAACGUCGGGUAAGCCGUACCCGGCGGUGCUCGGGCACCGCGUCCAAACGGCCGUGCAGGGCUCGCGUUUCCCACGCAACGCUGCUUUCCUUGGGCCCCAGCCGCGGUACGCUGCUCGCAGCCGUCGGAACCGGCAUCGCGCAGCAGCAGCAGCGCUGUGCUGCCCGGCCCAGCCCCGGCUCCUGUGCUGCGGUUGCCGGGGCAGGUGGCGACAUCCCUAUUGCCGUAUGCCCGGGCAGGGCGUGCUGUCGGCAGCGGUGGCCACUUUGGAGUCAUUAUUCUUAAACUUAGUAUUUCGGCAGUACCCGGGGCUGGGCGGAGGCCGGGCCUUGUUCCACGUACUUCAUUCAGAAAGUGUUUUCUACGUCCUUUUUCUCUGAUCGUUUCUCAGUUCCUUGCCGCUUCACCUUCCUGUUAGCACAGCUCUCACGGCUCGCAGGGCACAGCAGCCAGCUGAGCGGAGCCCACCUUUAUUUCCCCUCUCCGCCGUGUCCCCCGCGCCCACCUCCAUCCCCUCAGCCCCGUGCUUUGCUGUGCAGGCCUCCCUCCACACCGCCUGGUCGCAUUUCCUCCGUGCUGUCACCUGGAAGGCACUCGGGGCCCUCCCUCCAGAGGCUCCCGAGGCUUUUUGGCAGCCCUCGGCUUUCCCGCCGCCCCUCUCCACCCAUUCCUGUGUGCCCUCCUCAGGCUUCACCGGAGUGCAGGCCUCGCAGGCCCUGAGGGCUGUCCCAGAGGUCCCAUAGACUCGUAGAACGACUUGCAUUGGAAGGGACCUCAAGGAUCAUCAAGCUCCAAACCCCAUCUUGGCCCAGCGUGAGUUCUUGGGCUGCGUGGGAGCUGUGUGGGGCCGUACUCCUGCCCUGGCUCUUCCAGGAGGUCAGUGACGGGUUGGGGUUCAGCUCUUCCAACCCCAGCAAACCCCUGUGUGAAACCUGCAGCCACUUUGCGGCAGCGAUCCUCAGCAACUCGGGGAGAUUAUGAACGCGUUCAGGUGCAGUGGUCUAAAAAAAUUAAAACGAUGAUCAUAGGCUUAUUUAACAUUAUACCUUCUGUGUUAUUUUCUUUUGUAUGUGCUGACUGGAGCUGAGCAAAGGAUUCAUAACAAAUAAUUUAUUUGUCAAACGCAUUCUCUUCUGCUCGUGGAAUAACCAUGAGCAGAGCAUCGUCUCCUCAGAUGUGUUUGUUUUCUGCGACGCUUCAGCGGUUCCUUUAAACGCAUGCCGGGGUGGCCUGGCUGCAGAUGGCUCCCGUGGUGGAGCUGUAGGGCCGGCCGAUAGCACCCACCGCGCUGCCCGUCCUGGCGAGUGCCUUACAGAGUGGGUUUUCUGCCGGUGCUCGUGCCACGGGAACGUGAUCCUAACGGCAGAGGGGGUGUAGAGCAGCGCUGGAGCGAAGCCAUUACAAAUUCAAAUGAGCGCUUGGCGAGCAGAGGACACUUUCCACCCCGUUCUCCCGGCUGCGGCGCGACCUUCACGCCGUGCUGGAGCUGCUGGCGGAGCUGGAAGCGGGGGAAUGGCAGGAGGGCACAAGGCAGAGUGCUGGCGCUGGGCAACAGCCCCUGCACCUGCUUGGCCCGGAUGAGCAGCCAAAGUGAAAUGGGCCGGUGGAGGGAAGGGCACCAACUGUGCAGGGCUCUGUCGGAUCUCGCCCCUCGAUGCUCUAGCCCCACCAGAGAGCUGUUGUCAUUGUUUGCUGCACGUGCUAGAAGCCAUUGCCUCCUCCUUACUGAGGGAGCAUCACUAUGCCAUAAAGGUACAAAAAGGUGUGUGGUUAGGAAAAACCCGCACCUGACGUUGUGUGUUCUUCAUGGACGCUGAUGCUCGCUGACUCAUGGAGUGAUUCCCCCUCAUCCCCAUGUUAAGGGGCUGCCUGUCAGCGCCCCUCUGCUUCUUUUGGUGCUGACACCUCCCUAUGGAGCCUCUCUGGCACAGACUGCAUGGGGUCAGCUGGCAAAUGCUCAGUGCUGCUGUAUCCCCGUGCGCUUCUCCAGAGCUCUCUGUUUCGUGCCCCGUGUCUCUCCUAAUGGAAAGUCCAACUGCCUGUAAUGUGCUCUGUGGUGCUCUGCAGGAGGAGGGAUGCUUUAUGAGAACAGCUGGUCCUGUGCGGAUGGAAUGCCUGUCUCACAGGUGUAAUGCUGCUGGGAAGGACACAACAGGGAGGUCUGGAGCACCCUGGGGCAGCCAUGAGAGCACAGCUAACAGAAGCAGGGCACGCAGCCGUGGAUGGCAGAAGGAGGUGCUUCUGAGACACCCAAACCAAAUAAACUUUAAGAUAAGAAGAUAAAAAAUGAGGAAAAAGUCUCAUGCUCUGAAACAACCAUGAACGGAGAUGCGUUCUUAAGCACUUCUGUGGCAAAAUUUGUCUCUGGAAGAACACAGCAGCUAUGGCAGCAGGUGUGUGUGGUGCUGUAGGACAGUGUGAGUGCGUUAGUGUAAAGCAGAGCGUUUCCUUCCAACCUCAGGGGUUUUUCUUAACUGAAAAAAAAAAAACCCUUAAUAUUUGAUUGUAAAUUGGCUCAGCAUUUCAAAGGGCUGCAAUUUGUUGGCCUGUUGAUUUGAAGUUUUCCAUUCAAAAAUAAACAACAACAACAACAACAAAAAGAAACGUGUUUUAAGAUUUCCCCUUCGUACGUAGUUUUCGGAAGGCUCUAUAGGCAGAUAUUUGCAGUCGUGCACAUGGACUGUACAACCUUGAAAUCACGGGCUGUAAGUUAUUAUUCGGAAUCGACGUGCCUUCUCGUCUCGUAGCUUUCUAUCAUACCGUGAGACUGACGUGGCACUUACUGUGCUACGCUAUUGUUUCUGCUCCUGAAAACUGAAAAUAAUGUUACAGAACCUCAGAAAAAAAAACUAACUUUAAACAAAAGGUGUUGGAUUUAACAAAAUUAUUGUUCCUGCGUUCCUGCCUUGUUACCCUUACUUGUAACCCCUCAUUCCUCAAGUCAGCGGGGCUCUCUCAUGAGUGACAGUGCAUUGGUGUGUUGGUUUUUGUGCUGCGACCCAGGCAGCCGUAGCAGAAAUGGGUAAAGGCUUCGGGUGGGCUGGGGGCUGCUGGAGGAUGUCUGCUGGCCUUCUUUAGCACUGGGUGUGCUCCCAUCCUCUUUGCUUGAAGAUGUUCAGGAAAAUGCUGUUGUUCUUCUCUCUGAACACGAAUGAGAAGGGAUGGUUCGGCUUUGUUCUGGUAUUGUCAAAAUGCCUGGAGUGUUCUGAAUGCCCUCAGGUUUCUGAAACUGAGUGUAGCUUCUGAUCUGUGAACAUGGACCUUUCACUUGGCUUGGGACUGUAUGCCUUCUCUUCCUGAACGCAAAUUUACUGAUGAGAAUAAUGAGACAAUCUUAACUGUCUCUUCAAUUUUUACAAUUUAUUAUUAUUUUUAUUUACCAAGGACAAGGCUGUGCAAAUUCAAGGGGCAAAAUGACCUCUAAAGCUGAAGGUGGAUUCUGACCUCCAGUAAGACAGACAAAAGGCCAAAUGCCCGUAACAUGUAAUACUCUUACUUUUUUGUCCUUUCUGCAUUGAAUGGGAACAAAGGAUUGGGCCCAGGCAGAGCUUGCUUCCUAAACUGUUACCAUUUUUUUUUACAAAGAAAAACAAAGGGGAGGGAAAGGGGGAAUCAGGCACACCUCACUUAAUUGCCGUAAAGUGCUAUGAAGAAGACUGUGAAUACAGCACUAAGAUCUUAGGAAAAUAUUCCUAUCUAUAGAUUAACGAUUGCAACCAAGAUCCAAAUGCAACUUUACUGAGUCGUGUGUGAAGAUUCUCAGGGAGCUGAGACCAGCAGGAUGCCAAGGCUUGUUUUCAGUGGUGUUUUUAGGAAUCUAAGUUCCAUCUGGAUGCCAGGAGGUACACCCUCUGAAAUGUGUUUUCCUCACCUGCCCUUCCAGACCAACGAAUGCACGAGGUCGUCGUGCAAGACUACUCCAGAUGUGGUGUCCAGUAGAGAGCUCCUUGGCCACACCGUGAGUGAGGUGCUCAUUCGUUUACAGUUUCCCAGCAAAAUCCUUGAGCUCUUGCUGGGGGAAGGACCCCGGGCUUUGACGGUGCGGUACCAACCAGGACGGAGCCAGAGGCCAGUAGCCUUGAGUUGCACAGGUGAAAAUGAGCAGAGCUCAUACAGCUCCUUGGAAAGCAGUGGGAUGGGAAUGGUGUUGAAAGAAAUAUCAUUUGGCAACCUUUCCAGAUGGGCACUGUAGAGAGACAAUGGACUGUCUGGAUGGGGCCAGCAAAAACAUUAAGAAAUGAUUUGUGUUGCUCCGACGUUUCAAGCAAACAGGCUGUGAGUAGGCAUGGAGAUCUUGGUCAAAAACUGUGCAAGAAACAACCUACCUUGAGAUGGGCUUGUGAUGACAGCUGCAGCGCUCCGGAGGAGCCAGUCGCUCGGCUCAUGAGGGCGGGCCACGCAAGCUGGGGAUGUGUCUCCAGCAGCAGCAGCUCCGUUCAAGGCAGCACAUCUCCCCAGAAAGCUGCAAGGCGCAGCACUGUGACAUCCUCCUCUGCCAUCACUGUCACUGUGGCAUAUCAGCGCAGCCCGUGUCACACAGCUCCAGGGUGGCAUUCAGUCUAUGCUUCACAUCCAUUGGCUUUCUUACAAGCCCCUGCGAGCAUCGUUUCCUUCAGACACCGGCUCUACUAAUGAUUUUUUUCCCUCCCCCUUGCUCACACUUUAAUUGCGGGGUAUGUGUGAUACCCUCAGGAACAGCUAUUGCCACCUGUAUUAUUAUUUACGCUGUGAAAGCGAAGCUCACGGCAAUAUGUUUAUUAACACCGUGCCCUGGUAUCACACGAGUUAACAGCUUAAUCCUGUGAUUGUAAACAUGCUUCCUGAUAUGUUCAAGCACCAUCCAUGUCUUUAACUUCACAUCAGGAAACCGGGAGCAUGAGUGGGUCAUUUUUGCACAAAAUGCAUUCUUUACAAGAAGUCGUGUAAUGAAGAAGGGUUUUAUCCGGCUAAUAGCGCCCGUCUGAUCCAGCACAAUGCCUUUUGCAAAGAAAGAGUUAAACAAAACACUUAUGCGGUAUAAACUUUGCUCCUAGGCAUUAAAAUGCACUUUAUUCACACCGCAGAUUUCUCUCCCAGCCAUGGCUAUUGUUUGUCACUAACAGCUAGCUUUUGUGAAGUUAAUAAAUGUGCAUAAUAAGGACAUAAAGGUAUGGAGAAGUAAUACUGUAAUCCUUUUGUUUGGAUAAUCAGUCUAAUGUAUGCAAAUUAAACCUUAUUAGUACUAGGGUUUUGUGUCUGCUUAUCAAAAUGUGCCAUUUUCAUGAAAAUUGGAAGUCCAUUAUAUAAAGUUAUUAUUAACAAUCAUUUAGGAAUUAUAUACGGUAUGCAAAUUAAAGUUGAUUACAACUAA